AUGGAAAGCAAACUUAUCGGAGCUAGGUUCUACAUCAAAUUAGCCGGGUCACUGUCAGCAAGAGACGAACAAGGCCAUGGGACACACACGGCGUCCACGGCUGCCGGUAAUGUGGUUCAAGCCGCCAGCUUUUACGGCCUGUCUCAAGGCACUGCCCGAGGUGGAGUUCCAUCGGCUAGAGUCGCCGCCUAUAAAGUCUGCCUCAAGGGCUACUGCAGCGACGCAGAUAUCCUUGCCGCGUUCGAUGAUGCCAUAGCCGACGAUGUUGACGUUAUCUCGAUCUCUAUCUCAACCAAUGAUGUCUCCGAUUUGUUGAAUGGUUCUAUAGCAUUGGGUCGGUUCACGCAAUGUCUCGGAGGGAUAAUCACGGCAGGCUCCGCUGGGAACAGAGGGCCCGACCAAGGGACAGUAGCAAAUGUAUCACCGUGGAUGAUAACAGUCGCAGCUAGUGCUACGGAUCGGCGUUUCGUCGACAGAGUCGUUCUUGGUAACGGAAAAGCUUUAACGGGUUUGUCAGUUAAUCCAGUCAUUGGGACCAAGUUCCCGAUCGUUUACGGCUGA